ACAAGUGCUGACAGAAUGUCACCUGAUGAUAUAACUACUUCUUCCCAAUAUAAUAAUAAUAAUGUUAAUUAUAACAAAUGCCAUAUAAAUACCAUCUAUAUUAAUAUUGGUUCAUCAGAUCUUUUGGCAAUCCCUAUGUAUUCCUCAAGAACCCCAAAACCCAAAACAGCAGUUGUCAUUCUAUUAGUUGUUCUAAGCUGUUGCUUUGAUGUUCCUGCUGCUUCUAAAACUCAUGGAAAACGUCCUCGCCCUGCUCAAAGUCCCAUUUCAUCUGACUGCAUAGUAAACUUACUUAAGAGUUCUCUCCCUGACACUCUUAUGAGACUCCAGGAAAUGUUGUGCUUGUUUUCGGAAGCUGAGAAAACGAAAAAUGCAGAUUUGUAUCGCGAGUUCCUCACUGCACUCCACCAACUUCUGAAAGAUGCCGGAUGUACUGUGGAUCAACUUCUGAAGUUAGAAGACGUCUUGAAAAACGUUGGUGACCAACUUGGAGUAGUGUGUCGUAAAAUUGUUGAGCAAGUUCUAGGCUGUGUGGAGGACCUUGGAUUAUCCAAAACUCUGUUUAAUGUCCUAUGCCAACUGGCAGGUGACCUUCUCAUAAAGCUGAGUGAUGCCCUGAAAGGACUGGAUCUGAAAAUUGUCACAGGCUUAACAAGUCAGAUUAAUAUUGGGGGCAAAGUCAAAAUUGUUGGCAUUCUUUAAGGAAACAAAUUCAAUUUGGAUGUCCAAAAUUGGAGGUUGUUUAAAAAAACAAGACUUAUUGGAAGUGGUCUUUCUUUUGCUGCAUGCUGGCAUAUAUCUAUUAUUCUCUAACUAUUGACAUUUGAUUAUGUACUUAGUUCACUUUCUAUCUAAUAAAAGACAUGCUCAUUAAAAAGUA